CCGCGCAAGAAGAAGAAGAAGAAGAAAGAGGACGUUGAGCUUGGUCACAGUGACACACCGAAGCACGUUCGACGCCCACUCUCGUUUCCACUGCCAGUUCGAUUCACAGACAGCGGUGCAUUAGCGCCGCACCCAACGUCAUCAUGACCAAUCCGCAGUCCUUGCAGUACAUUGUACAGCAGAUCAAGUCUGCCAGCAGUGCCAAUCCACAGGCUGCCGAGCGCAUUGUGACGCGCGUGAAGUAUGUGACGAGUAAGCUCAGAUUUGGGCAGCUGCAGCCGCUCGUGUCCGAUCGAGACAGCGGCACCGACAACGACAUCCUCGGCGCAAUCUUGGAGGCUCUGGACAACUUGCAGCGCGCACACCGCGAUCACAGCACGCUCCAACGGCUCAUCGUUGAGAUUCGGGUGGCUGUUGUCGUUGCGAGCGGCGAUGCGUCUGCCAUGCUCGUGUUGGCGUCGCAACUUCGCGGCUCACACCGCACCAUCCCAGUCUCCGAGCCUUUGGCGCAGCUGCACAUGUCGACGGGUGUAUGGAUGCAGCACUCCACGUCCAUUGUGCCGCGAGCACCGCCCCCACCGGACCUGACAGGAGCGGCAUCCUCCUCCGUCGACACGUGCUCCCCGCAUUCGCCUGCCCCACUACAGCCUCGCGACAUUGUCAACACGCUCCUCCCUGAGCGGGACUUUUCCGCCACCAGCAUGCGCGUGCGUGAUGCAGGCCGCCUGUCGCAACUGGGCAUUGACCUGGACUCCGCGUGCGUGCUUGCAGGCAACGGCGCGCUCUUCUACCUCACAGCCUCGACGUUUGUGAAGCUCGUGCCGACGCCAACACCGGGCGAGCUCAGCAUUGCCUUUAUCAAGCCCUCCCCUCUCGGCGAGUCCGUCACGCCCGUGUCGGCCACCAUUGCCGAUGGCACCGUGUAUGUCCUCGUGGCAGAGUCGACAAAGCUGCACGUCAUUCCGCACGAGGGCCAGGCACCCGCAGCGCAAUACGACAUUGUUGGUGCGGUGAUUACGACAGACAUGAUCAAGGACAAGCAGUGCCAUUUGUUCACCCACGCCUUUCGCCCCCACAUAUGCUGGCGCUCCUCCGCACUCCCCAUCGUUUGGGAAACGAGCGCGCUGUGCCUCGAUCCACACAGCAGCAAUGGCUGCAUCCAUCUUGCGCGAGCAGACCACACCCGUUCGAUCAUGAUGCAAGAUCAUGUUGUCUUUGACAAACUGGAGCGCGUCUCGGAUCCCGGCAGCCUGACGCGCUCCUGCACCCUCUGCCAACUGCUUGGGGACCGGUUUGAUGCGUACAUGACGUCGUCGUGGAUGGACGCGGUCAAGUUUGGCUGCAACGUCUACAUCAAGUCCCUUACCCUGAAGCUCGACCAGGACACAGCGCACGACGACUGGGAGCGGCUGCAGUUGAACUCGGGCACGCCUGUGUUUCGACUGACGGGAUCAUACAUCUUCCUCGCUGAGAACAUCACCGACCGCCUUCUUGUCCAGCGUUCCAACUUUGACAUGCUGACCAUGGUGGAGGACAAAACUGUGCCACCAAAACUCUCCGUCCUCGCCUCAUUUGACGAGCCCGUGAAGUGUGUGCGGCUGUGGUCGGAGCACGAGUACCUCUUCCUGAUGCAAUCGAACGCCAUCUUCAUCUUCAACACCAAGGAAACCAUCCAGCAGCGCCUUACAAACAUCUCCCUCAAGCCAGGCGAGGGCAUUGUCGAUGUUGUUGUGUUUGCGAGCGCCGACAACCGGCGCCAGCUGCUGUUGCGCACAACAACGGGUGCACUUGUUGUCGUUGCCAACCCGCUGUUUGUGCUCGAUAUUGCCUCCUCGGCCUCGACAAAGUUCUCAAAGCGAUACGGCGGCAAAGACCGGCUCACCGGGCGGCGGCGGACAAUGCGCACUCGCUUAAACGGCGAGCGGAGGGCGUUGCGUCCAGCCCCGUCAUCAUUAUCAUCAUCAUCGACGCUACGAUCGUCAUCGUCCCCAUCAAUAUCGCGGCAGCAGCAGCAGCAGCACCGCAACGAGGGUGUUGUUGGGCGAGUGCUGAUGCUGCGCAGUGCAGCGCGCCGCAAUGCGCGGGAAGUGCUGCGUCGGCUGGCGGGCAGGCCGUGCGAGGAGAGCGGCCUCGCUGCCAUGCUGAAGCGCGCAAACGAGCAGCUCGAAGGCAAGGCAGCACAGGCGGCAGAGCACGGGCUGGCGUCAAGUGGACUGGCUGUCCUGAAGGAAGAAGACGGCGAAGAAGACGGCGAAGAAGCCAGUGCGAAUGGUGUUGGAGAAGAAGAAGGAGAAGACGCGCAGCAAGGUGAAGCAAAGGCAGAGCGGGAAGAAGGCGGUGACAAGACGCCCGGCACCUCCACCGCCUCCACCACGACCACACGACACGAAGCAGAAAAGGGCACGCGUGGCGCUGCCACCGACGGCACACCCACAGGCAGCAGCAAGGCCGAAGGUGCUGGUGAAGGCAGCGAAGAACAGGGUCAUGACGACAAGGAAGAGCGUGGUGCUGACACCGACAAGACAGCAACGGAGGUUGGAGCAUCUUUGGCAACGGCAAUGCGGAAGAAGAAGCGGCCUCGCGUCUCCUUUGUGCUGGAUCACCUGCAGCCCAACGCAGACGCGCAGGAAAAGGACAAGAAGGAGGGCACGGGGACCGCACGGCUGUCAGCCAACAGCACGCUGGGACAGGCUAAGGACAGUAGCAAGAGGAGCAAGAAGAAGGAGAAGAAGAAGAAAAAGAAGAAAGAGAAGAAAGAGAAGAAAGAGAAGAAGAAGGGGACCGGAGAUGCAUUGGCGAAAAAGGCAAGUGGCGGCGUGGGCGACCUGAAGGCGCCAUCUCCCGAUGCCAACGGGCAGUCCGCGGGCGAGGGUGCUGAUGGUGUGCUCGAUGUUGACACGGCCAUGAGUGGUGAUGGAGACGACGUAGACGAGGGCAGCCUGCUGCGUGAGCUGUGGGCGCCGAGCAUGGCGUCAAUUGCCCGCCGCCACCCACACCGCCCGCCACGCUGGUCUCCAGAGCGCGAUCGCGUGCCGCCCUCAGCGACGGUGGCGACACCAGCGGCCAAGGAACCUGAGGCCGGUGAGGGUGAUGGUGUCGGCCAGGAGGGUGAUGCUGACGUGGCUGGAAGCGAUGCGGUUCACUCCACAGCAGCGACUGGUGAGGCAACAGGGCCAGCUGAGGCAACAGGGCCAGCUGAGGCAACAGCUGGCGAGGCGACAGUCGCAGCAGAGGGCGAUGACCGCGUGGAGGUUGCGCUACCGCUUACAGUUACGGCUGUCAUCGAUGUUGACGUCUCUGCCUCGCAUAUCGCUAUUGUCACCACGGACCACACGGUGUACGUUGCGUCAACGUCGAGUGGGCUGUCGUCCAAGCUGCCGUGGAAGCAGAUCAAGGCUGAGGACAGCGAAACAGGCGCAUUUGAAGCCCUCAGCUGCUUUCUCCACAAUGAGCAGAUUUCCAUUGUUACUACAGACCGGCGCCUCCUCCAGCGCGCGAGCGACGCGUCGCUGGCGUCGCGACUGCAUGAGCGGGUCAAGCACGUCAUCCACGUGACGCAGACACAAGACAAGGACAGCCUCUACGUGUGCUGCACGCAAAAGCGCAUGUGCCCAUCGUUCCUCAGCUUUGUUACCUCCACCUGUGGGUACAUGGUGAUGGCGUGGCCCGAGCACGCUCUCACGGGCACGGCCGGCUCCACCAACACGGUCACAGAUGUGCGGCCAAUCGAGUAUGGCCUGCGGCUCAGCCCGCGAUCAGCGCAGCCCGCCGCGUUUCAGUGCGACUCGCGUCACGUGGUGGCGACGGACAAGUGCGUGUGGCAGCUGCAGUCCCCAACAGACAUCAAGGUGUUGCGGACACUGCCGCUGUCCUCGUUGCUCACGACGGAGGACCCUCUCAAGACGCUCACCAGGGGGCUGUCCACCCCCGCCUCCACCCCCACCGCGCCGUUCGCUGCCACGGCAGCAUCGUCGCGGCCACCACAGCCACCAUCGUCAUCGUCAUCGUCAUCGUCAUCUCCACCGGCCCCUGGCGACGUGUCGUCGUACCCUCGCAAGCAGUCGUCGCCGCCCCCAGCAUCGUCAGCGACACGUGCUGAUGCAACAGCAGCAACAGGAACGGCUUCAGCAUCGUCGUCAACCACGCACGAUGCGACCACGCCUGCCAGUGUUUCGUCGUCCGCUUCUGCCGUGUCUUCCUCAGGUGCGCCGCCAUCACUGCCGCGCGCCCUGGCUGACUUGGGCUCGCCGGCGCGCACGUCGUUCUGGUCAGCGAUGACCGAUGACAGUGCGUGCUGGCUGUCACGCCGCCAGGCGGACACCGCCCUGGUGGUGGCCAGUGUUGGGGAGGAGGUGACAGAACACACCGUGUCGUGCGUGCUGUACUCGUCCCUGUGCCACCGGCUUCUGACAGACGUGCAGGACGCAGAUGCCCGCGCUGCCCUUGACGCAGAGCUUCGCUUCUUGCUGUCGGGUAAAGCCAGCGCCAGCGCCGAUGCCAAACACACGGCAAUGGCGCGCACAUGCGUGCAGCUGGCCCACCUGCCCGAUACGGUCCCUUCCUGCCUCUCAAGCAGCGCCGAGCCCUGCGAAGAGCACGGAACCACCGCCACCACCAACAGUGACGACGCGAACGGCAGCGAGAACGCGAGCCGCAACCGUCCUGCCGUGACGCCUGGCGACCCGGCCGCCAAGGGCGAGAGACACAACGUCCCCAAAGAGCACGACGAAGAUGAGGAAGAUGAGGAAGAAGAAGACGAGGAAGCAGUAGACGAGGAAGAGAAAACAAACGGUGGUUACGGCCACGAAGGUGAUGCCAACAGCUGCGCUGCGCACGUGGGGCCGCGCCUCGGGCCCACAGCAAGGAUGCGGCUGCGUGUGUCCACGCCUGUCAACACUGGGGUCUGCCUUCGCGGCGUUGCGUUGUGGAUUGACAUCCCCGACUCAGAGUCACUGUGGGUGCGGCCCGUCAAGGUCUGUGCCCGCGCUGUUAUGGUGGCGGACGCCACAUCACCAUCUGUAACACCAACAGCAACACAAACAGCAGCAUCGACAGAAUCGGCGACAGAAACGGCAACCUCGUCGGGAACUUCAACGACAACAGCGGCACACGCUCCUCCGAUGGCACCCUGCUACUACAGCUUCCGCCACAUUGCCAUGCGGCCGCUCGGCGCGAGCGCGUUUCUGCUGCUGUACGAUGAAGCCAAUUUCACGAUUGGGCCGUUCCCUGCCGGGUUUUCGGGCCAUGUCGACCUCACCUUCACAGUGGUUGGCAUCGAGGGGGCUCGCGUUGCCCCUGCCGGUAUUGCGCCCGCUAUCUCGCGUUUGCUGACGCCACUCGGUGGAUUUGCAACAGCCGUACCGCCAACGUCGCCUUUGCUGUUGUCGUCGCCGUCGUCGUCGUCGUCGCCGGCACCAUCAGGCGCCCGUGGUGGUGAUGGUGGUGAUGGUGGUGAUGGUGGUGUUGGUGAUGACAGCGUUGAUGGGGCCUCCACGGACACCGCUCCCAAGGACAGUUGUUGCUUGAAAAGCGACGGCAGCUGUGAUGGCACCGUGGCGAGCACGCCCUCUGCUGUGAUGGCCAUUGUGUCAGUGCCCACGGAAGAGCUGAUGGUGCUGCGUCGGUGGUCGCGACCGCACUCGUUUCAGCUGUCCGUCUCGCCCGCCUUUUUCCGCACCCUGCUGCUGCAGUGGGCAGAGCUGCUGAGGAGCGUGCCUGACAUGGUGGCGCUGGCCAAGGCCGCUGCCGAGGCGAAAUCGGACACCAGCAACGGCUGCGCCAGCGAGGGCGACAGCAUCAAUGAGAAGGAGCACAGCGCCACUGACAAAGGUGGUGUUCAUGCUCGCAGUGCAAAGUACUGGGAGCAGAUGUUCGCCUUCAAGUGCACGGCUGCGCUCCUGGCGCGCAUGCUGCUGUGUGGGCCCUCGGCAAUCCAGUCCUGGCACUCUGAAGAUCUGCGCGCUGUGCUGGACGCCACCAACAGCAUCAAGUCAGCUGUCGUGUCGCUCACCUCCACGGAGCCAGCCCUGGCCAGGUUCUGCUUCCAAGCAACGCAGUGGCUCGUGCCACGCUGGCUGCACGUUGGCAGCACGUACAGCGCGUUUGCGCUUGCUCGCCUGCUGCGCACACCGCCCGGCGCGCCCCUUGAUACGUGGCUCCGCCUCGUGCUUGGCAACGACAUCCACGCCGCACAGCCAGGGACGCUGUUGUGGCACAUCAUCUCGACGCUAGUGUCCCAGCAGCAACACCAGCUGCACGGGCAGCAGCAGCGGGUGCCACACCUCUUGGAAGACACCACCAAACGUUCAAGCACCAGCGCACGCGCCAGUAGCCGUACUGGCACCACGGCCCCCACAGCGCCGGCAUCCUCACCAACCGUGCUCGUGCGGGAGCACCUGGAGCUGUCCGUGGCACGGCAGCUGAAGCAAGGGCCCGUGCACAAGUUCAUGUUUUCGUGCGCGCAGACUGUGGAGGAGGUGUUUCUGACGCUUCGGCUGACCGAGCAGCCACCCAACACGGCCACAAUGUCUGUCACUGUGCACUACAUGAGCGCGCCCGUGCUUGCGCUGGCUGAUGAGCGCGUGGAUGUGCAGGCGCUGCUUGAUGUCAAGUACGCCGCGCCAUCCCUCGUUCAGCCCGUCAUGGUGGGCACACUGUGCUCCUCGUCGCCGUCAGCGGGGCCGUCUUCGUCAUCGUCAUCAUCGCCAGACGCGUUCAAGGACCCUGGAGCGGCCCUGUACGAUUACGAGCUCGACGUGACGGGUGCCGUUCGCGCAGGGGUGAGCGCCUGCAGACAGGCCGUUGUACAGGUGCUGGAGCGUGUUGGCCACGAGGAAGCGGAGGGCACGCGCCUUGUGCAGGCCUUGGACUCACUGCCGAUGAUGGUGCUCGUCACGACAGAGUCCAUCACCCCGCUCCAGCUGAGCAUGGCUGGCGGCACAGCGGCAUACCAGGUGCGAAAGGUGUCGCCGCUGCUGUCACAGCAGCUGCUGGCCACCCCUGAUGCAGCCCUGGCGACGUACACGGACCUGGAUGCUGCCGAUGCUGCCCGCGAUGCGCAGGAGCUGCUGCAGUCAUGGACGGUUGGCGGUGCUGUGACGCGCGUGCUGCAGCUGGGCGUGCGGCCAGAGCUGCAGACCCACGAGCGCUUCUUCCUGUUUGCGGAGGUUGCGGCGCUGCUGGAUACCGCUGGGGACGGCUGGACGGCGCAUGUGGCGCUGCAGGCCGCACAGGCGGUCGUGGCCACGUGGGGCCGCCUCCUCUCCGACGAGUACGACGAGUGCCUCGCUGUUGUGAAGCGCGCGGUGCUUGUGCUGCUGCAGUCGCCGGCGUCCAACACGGAUGCACUUGCGCUGCUCGGCUCCCACGGCGCAGCGGCAACGGAGGACACGUUUAUGGUAUCUUCUGCGUGCGACGAGGAGGAGAAGAGCCCACCCAAUGUGCUGCUCGUGCGCGGGCACGACCGCCACGGCCUCAUGCCCACCACCCCUCUUGGCAUGCUGCCGUUGGCCAGAGCAGAGGCGCCUUCCCCUGCCUUCUCCCGCCUGCACAGCACAUCCGAGGACACGCCUGCCGACACAACUGCAGCCGACAAGUGCGACGCACGUGAAGGUGAUGGAGGCGACGCCGCCCGCCUUGACACCAGCGUUCAUCCCCUGCAGCAAGGGGGAACGGGUGGUGCGGAUGGCGAUGGCGAUGGCGGUGACACGGUGCUCACAUCCGCCGCUGCCGAGUCGUUCCGUGCAGGCAUGCGCCACCGCGAGGCCGUCGCCCUGAACGUUGCUGCCUGGGCGGGGAAAAGUGUCCCGUUUACGCGCAAGCAGGGCGCGGACGCGUCGCUGGAGCGCGUGCUGGCAGCGCUUGGUGUUCGCUUCAACACGCAGGACAUGACCGGUGUUGCACGCACGUUUGAACUCAUGCAUCCGAGCCAGGCUGCGGAGGGCAGUGGCAGCAGUGGCGGCAGCAGUGAUGACGCAGAUGAAGCAGCCAGGCUUAAAGCGACCAAGCAGCUGCUGUGCGAGGCCAUCAGCAGCUCGUCAUACAUCACCCACGCGUCUUCGGGUACCACCAGCCCAGGCGCGCUCAAACUGAAGGCCACACCAAACCACAACCCUUCGAACAAGCAGACACAUACGCAGGCGCAGGCACAGACGCAGGCGCAGGUGCAGACACAUACGCAGGCGCAGGCGCAGGCACAGGCGCAGGCACAGGAGUGGCUUGGGCCCGUGCUUGAUCAGACGGCGCCGUUCAGCCCGCUGUCGCGUAUUGACGCGAAUCUUGUCCGCAGCCACAUGUUCAACUUCAUGUCCAAGGCAUCGCUGCAGCAGGGCGGGCCUGGGUUUGGCUGGCGAUCCAGCGGCGGGCGCGAGGUGCUGCUAACACCGCCGGCGCUGAUGCUCGGCCACUCGCACGCACACGCAGCGGUUGUGCCACGCACCCUCCUCACGCGAUGGACAGGGGAUGGCGGCGACGUAACCGCUUUUGCUGGCGACAGCUCCAAGGCCGACAGCGGCCGUGGCGGAGCCAGCAGUGAUGCAGGCAAGACUGUCAGGGCGUCGUGGUGGGCGGGUGUUUUGCCCACAGGUCGCCGCGACAAGAAGAAGGACGAGGCCACAGGCGCAGACAAGGACAAGGAGAAGGACAAGAAGAACAAGGACAGCUCGGGCAAGAAGGCGUCGGCACCAACGGAAGUGGCCAAGCACCACCAGCGGCGCGUGCUGUGGUCGAGCGCAUUUGGCGCAAACGUGGUGGACGCACUGGAGCUGCUCAAGCGCAGCGACGCCGUGCGGCGAAUGGUCCACCCCAACGUGGACGACGACGAUGAGGACGGUGAGGAGGGCGAUGAUGGGAUGAAGGGGCGCGGUGCUGCAAAGGGCGCAAAGAAGGACAAGGUGGCCAAAGAAGAGGAACAAGAAGCGGGUGAGGAGGCGGUCCAGGAUCAGCAAAAGGAUUCUGACGCUGGCGGAGACCGCAGCAAGGCCAAAGCCAAGGUUCGCGCGGACCCCGGAUCUGCUCUGGCGCCGGGAGCCAGUGCUUCCUCUGCAUCGCCCUUCAUUGCACCGGGCCGUCUCCGCCCACGUGUCGUGUCGGCACUGCUGCCCUGCAACGAGCAGGAGCACGCGCAGUGGAGCCCCGAGCGACAGGCGCGCCUCGCCUUCCUCCUGGAUUUCGUGUGUGCAGCCGCUGGAACGCGCGGGCAUGCGUGUGCACACGCAGCGGGCCUGCUGGGCGAAGUGCCCGUGGCGCACGUGCUUCUGAGCGACUUGGUUGGGCUCAAAGCAUCGUUGACACACUCACGGCCGGCAUCUCGAUUGUCGUCAGCAGCCGGCAACGCUGGUGAUGAUGGUGGUGAUGCUGCUGCUGGCGGUGACGAUGUCGAAGGAGAUGGUGGUGAUACUGGCGAUGUGAGGGUGCCCGCACCAACCAUAUCGCGCUUUGUGAAGGUUGCCACUGCUCACAGCCGCGUAUUCCAAGAUAUGCACGGAACGUCGGGCGUCACUGCAGGAUCCCAUGACACCGCAAAUAGCGACAACAAGGCCGCAAGCACGGAUGCUGCCAAGCGCACUUGGGCAGCGAUUGCUAGCACUGCUGGUGCCACAGACACGGCCACAUGUGGUGACAGCAAGCGCACGGAUGGCACAGACACCACGAGCGACCACACUGGGGACCACGCUGAUGAACAUGAUGAUGAGCUGAAGAAGCAAUAUGCACCGGAGCACGUCGACGUGAUGCUGACAGCCACCGUUCACCGCACGCGCUUGACCCACGUGUUCUCGUUCUUUGUGGAGCUGUUUGGUCACAGCAAGUCCGAAGCGGCAACACGCGGGGACGCGACUACCACUGUGGGCGAGCGAAGCAACGAUGAUUCCACGGACAGCGCCGAGGAUGGUGGUCGCGAUCAGGGGCGCGCGGUGCUUGCGGCACCGGCCAACGCCGUGUCCAUCGCAAAGGAGAUGCCCGUGUCCGUGCGCAUGUACUGUGGCCCGGAAGACACCAGUGGUAGUCAGGGUUCAAGCAAGCAUUCACAGUCUGCACGCGGCACGACUGACCCUGACAAAGAGCAGCGGCAACAGCAGCAGCAGCUGAAGCAGUCGGAGGACGUGGAGGAGGAGCAGGAGGAUGACGCAUCGAGUGCCACUGCUUCUCCCACCACCAGCACGCCAGCAGCCAUGGAUGUUGGUGCGGACGAUGCUGACGGUGGUGGUGACGCCAGAAUCGUGUCAAGCAUGCAGGAUGUGGGCUAUUCGUGGCCCCCGGCCAAGGGCGUCUUGAGCUUGGAGGAGCAGCGGGCCAUGGUGUACAUGGCGUCGCCGCGCGUGAGUGUUGUCAACACGGCCGAGACGCAUCGCCGGCGCUAUCAGAUCAAGCUGGAGAACAUUCGCAAGGGCAGGUAUGUCUUGGCGGUGACAACGAGUGCGCGUGCGCAGCCAAUCUGGAUCCACCUGACGGUGCAGAACGAAGCAGAGACUGCCGGCGAGUCACGCACGAGCGCCGCGCACUCUGUCGCGUCGCAGCUGUCGGCUGGGCCAAGGGUGUCGACGCCUGGUGCGGAAGACGUGUUUGCGGCUGCAAACGAAGGCAGCGCGCCAGCCAACGCCCUUCAACACCAGCAGGGCGUGGAGACGGUGUCCGAGUUCCGGUUUGCCAUGGGCAAUGACGUGGUCAUGUGGGGCACGCCCACACGCGUGUCGCUGCCGGUGCGCACGAUCAAGAUACACGCCGGCGCGGGGCGGGACACGAUUGUGCUCGGCAAGAUGACGGGCGAUGAGAUACAGGACGCGUACCUGCGGGCGGAGAUGGAGGAGGACGAUGCGCGGCUUCGCAUGCUGGAGACGAAGGACCUGUGGAAGGGCGGCGGCGAGGAGGGCGAGGAUGCUGCAGAAGGUGGGCGCUUGCUGGAUCGUUACAAGGAGAAGCGUGAGUUCUUUGAGAGACGGCGAGCGCGCUUGCGGUUGGGCGGCGCUGAUAAGGCCAAGGCCAGAGCAAAGGGUAAAGACAAAGACAAGGACAAGAAAGAGGGGGAAGACGAGCUGGACGCUGAUCUUGUCAUGGCUGGCAUUGAGGAUGUGCACUCGCGCGAGGCGGCGUUUGCUGACCGCUACAACGAACGCAUGAACAGCGGCGAUGAUUCGAGCGACGACGGUCGGGAGAUUACGCUGGAACAGCAGGCGCAGCGCCUCGUCGGCCGCCUCCGCACCGGGCCCAUGUUCAUCCUGAGCGGCCACGUGGUUGUUGUUGACGGCGAUGACAAGGAUGACGAUGAUGACGCCGACGGCGUGGAUGCAAAGGGCGGCAAGGAGCACGGCAAUGACAGUGCUGCUCGCUACAAGCGGCGGCGUUGUGUUCCUCUUCGCCGGUGCUGGGCGGCCCUGCAUCCCACGACGGUUGCCUCUGUGGCAUCGGAGGAAUACAGGCACCUGCCGGGAUGGGUGAACCUUGGCGACCUGGCCGUCCAGGCUGAGGAGGGGGAGGAGCACGAGGUGGAAGGGGAGGAAGCCAACGAAGAGAAUAAGGGCAAGGGAGGCCCUGACAAGGCCGAAGAUGAGGGCAAGAAGAAGGACGACGCAAAGGGCGAGGGCAGCGACGCGCCGGAAGCAAAGGACAAGCAGAAGAAGGAUGGCGAUGAUAACGCGGAGAACCAAGGCGAGGGCAAGGACGAGAAACAGGACGAGAAACAGGACAAGGACAAGGACAAGGGCAAAGAAGAGAACGCGUCGGCACAGGAUGACAAGGAUGCCAAGGGCGAGAAGGAGGGCAAGGCGGAUGAGCAGGCAAAGGGCCAGGAAGAGAAAGGCGGUGUUGGUAAAGGGACCGAUGCAAACGAGACAAGCCCUCGUGCUGGUGCGGUGCGUAGCGCGACAACAGCCAUCACGACGCUGUCUGCGCUGCCUGGUCGUGAUUUGCUGAUGGUGUGGCAGAACCACCACUUCCGCGGGAGGCAUGCGGUGAUGGUGAUGCGCCCGGCAGACGCUGACGACGACAAGGGCGAUGGCCAGGGUGACAAGGACAAGAAGGACAACGACGGAGAGAAAAAGAAAGACGAGGCUGCAGGCGCCAAGGAUGACAAGAAGAAGGUGGAAGGUGAAGAACACGCGGUGGCUGACAAUGGCGAUGGCGGCGAGGAUAAGCCGAAGCAGGAGGAGCUGAAGGAGGGCGAUGACAAGCAGGAGGGCGAGAAGAAAAAAGAGGAGGAAGAAGAAGGCGAUGACAAGGACAAGGCCGGUGAGAAGGACAAGGCAAGCGAGGGCGAAACGCCGACGCCAGAAGAAGUGCGGGUGAUGAUUGAGCAAGCGGCACAAGAGCAGGAGACAAAAACCGAGGCAACAAGCGAGGGCCAUUCCCUGUCGUCUUUGCAGUGUCAGCGUGCACUCCUGGCUGCUUCCCUCUGGCACAGCCGCGCAUUCCAUGACAUGCCACCUGAUGACAUCACCCCUGACACAUUCCUCACCAUGGCGAAGCGCCACAACGCCGACGCGCUCCUGGCCAACUUCUCGACUCACCAGCCGGAAUACGUUGUGGUGCAUGCUGAGCUUGGACGCCUGGGCAGCGUGUGCCCGCGUCAGGAUGUGACAGCCCUUGUCCAGCACAUGUACGGGCAGCCAUCCCUCUCCUUUCAGUGGCUGCAGCCGUGGCCGGCGUGGGCCACGCUCCUCGUCGUGUUUGCCCCAUCCCCCUUUGGGCUGCGCAGCGUCGUGUUCGGGCCGCCAGCCCUGGCCGACCUGCGAGUUGUUGCGCUGUCGUCCUCUGACGCCGCGCGCGAGUGGACGGCCGAUGCGGUCGCUGAUGCGGCGGUGCCCGUCACGGAGUACUUUGACGCACGCGAGCAGGCCGUCAUUGCAGAGGCAGCGAAGCGCACGCACUUUCAGUUUACGCCGUCGCUUGCCGGUGUCAACGCUGGCAGCGGCCGUGAUGGCAGUUCUGGCGAUGGUGACGUUGAAGAUGACACCGCCGUUGCUGCGUACACGCGGUCAGCCCUGUCUCGCCUCGCUGCCUGCAUGGACGUUGACCAGCUGGGUCCAUGCCUCAAGGUUGAUGGCGCCGUGUACGAGCACUUGGCAGCAAGCGAGGCUGUCAGUGCCGGUGUGAGUGCGAGCGAUGCUCACACGCAAGUGAUUGCCUGGACAGCGUUCCUCCUCUCCCUGUCGCCCCUGUCAACGGCCGGUGUCUCACAGGACGAAGACGCAGACACCCACAAGCAUGACAUAUUCCUGGAGUUGGGCCACCAUCUCCACGACGCCCAGCGGCACUUUGACUUCCUGCAGAUGUGCCGGAAAGUAAGCGCGUUUAUGCAGCGCAAGGAAACGACGCUUGAAUCGGCCGUCCUGCUGUUGUGCCGCCUUGUUGAGAUGCGCGAGUACGACGUUGAGCAGCUGGUGCGCCCGCGACCACCCCUCGUGUCCACAUCGCGCCUCGCUUCUGCAACAUGGGUGGAGACGAGCUGCCCUCUUGUCUUUGGCCGAGACUUUGCGGCCUGUCUUCGCGUCAUGUCAGACGCCGUGCUCAAGCGCAUCGCCAAGGAAAAGAGCCCGAGUGUGAUGUUGGCGGUGAGCGGUGCGCUGCGGGCGUCGGUGAUGAGUGUCGCUGUGCAAUCGCACGAGCUGCCGCUGUGGCUGGCAGAGGCCAGCCGCCUUCGCAAGAUUGUCGUUGUCGUGCAGCGGCGCGCCUCUGAGCUGUCCAACUCGGCGAACGUGCCCAAGGUACCGACGGAGCUGACGAAGGAUGUGCUGUUCGUCCACGCUGCGCAGGACACCAAAGCCGACAACUACUCCAUUACCAACGGCUGGAUCACGAACACGCGCGAGCGGCCAUCUGUGUCCAUUGAAAUUCCAGUCACGGCGCACAUGCGCGGUAUCGUGCUGCCCGCCAACGUCAAGUGCACCGUCAUCGCCACACAGCAUGCGGACGGCACCGUUGGCUCUGCGUCAGUUCGGCUGUCUGAUAUGGAGCGGGAUGCAGUGGUCUCAUACCUCAAGGAUGUCAAAUCCGAGGAAGAGGUGGAAAGCUGCACCCGCUACCACCUCAGAUACCCGCACAUUACCAUGGACGUGUUGCUGUUUGAUGCUGCAAUUGCCCAGGUGUCGAAGUUCCUGCUGCUGAGCAUUCACUGGCCGAGCGAUGCCAAGGCGCGUGUGCCCGCGUAUCAACUUGUGUAUGAGUCGCGCUUUGGCGUUAACCUCCGCAGCGAGGUGGAGAGUCUGCGCCUCGUCCUCAUGGACAGCCUUAAGCGGCUACAGACGCAGGUUGUGGAGGCACUCAAGUCUGUCAAGGACAGCAGCGCACACCCGGCAAUCCUGGACACGUCAAUGUUGUGGACAUCAAUUGUGCAGGCGUUCUCGUUCAUCGAGCAGCACAUGCCCAGCCGCACGCAAGAGGUCUACAAGAUGUGGCAGACGCAAGUCCUGGACCCUCUCUUCAGGAUGCACCCAUCCACAAUGCCAAAGACCUGCCCUGUUGUGAAGCUGGCCCACUCCAUUUUCGCCACGACCAACGCUGUGCUCGAGGCCAUGUCCUGGCCAGGCGAAGACAUCAUGGUGAUGAAGCUGCUACUCGCUGUUGAAUUCGUCGGAAUGUGUCACGCCCCAGGUGUUGUAGCGACUGCGCGAGAAGGGCGUCGGCUCCUGGAGCACCUCAUCUCCCAAGUGUACCGCCAGCAGCAGCGUGCACUGCUCACGCCAGAGUCAGCAGCAACGUCGUCCAUGAACGCGUCCGUCGCAGACGCCGGCGUCGGUGUUGCGUUUGACUUUGGCAUGACCGCCGGUGUUGGCAUGGGGGAUCCUGGCCUCGGCGCCGGCGUUGACCUUGCCGUGGGUGUUGGUGGCGACAUGGGGGCACCUGGCGAUGCUGGUGCUGGUGUUGUGGACAACGGCAGUGGCGUGUCUUCUGCCGGCGUUGAUGCGCAGGCGAGCAGCAGAGGCGAAACAGCCGUGGAGACAACGGUGACUGUCAACGAAGACGACACGCUUGUUCGCAUCGCCAUGAGCAUCAACGAUCAUGCCUGCAAGACAGUUGUGCUGAAGACACUGCCUGUUGACGAUGACGAGGAGAACGAGGACAAGGAGGAGAAAGAGAAGGAAAAGGACAAGGAUGACGACAAACAGAAGCUCUGGGAGGAACUCAAGGCCAUGUGCAAGAAACGCAAAGCGCCGCGUCGUGUGAAAGCGGACAAGGACCGGUCUGUCUCGUAUUACCGCGACAUGUUCCUCUUCCUCUUUGAUGUCGAAACAAGGCUCAACCCAGGCAACUGUCUCAAGGCGUUUGUGAUGCAUCAGUUCAAGAAGACACACGAGCGCCUGCAGCAGCACUUGACCAGCGAAUCCUUCAUGGAGUCGUGGGAGACGGUGCUGGCCCAGCUGUCUGCUGCCGCCGUUGCUCUUACACCGAAGUUGUGCAAGGAAGUGGAGCGCUACUGCAACCAAAGCCUGACGGCGCCUCCAACGUGCGACAAUCACGGUGAUGACACAAUGGCGGUCGUGCAUUGCGAGGAGUGCGAUUUGGACCUCUGCCGCGAGUGCGACGCAUUCUGGCAUCUGCCCGCCAACAAGCGCUCGCACAAGCGCAUUCACAUGAAACCGCCACCAUCCCGCCUGAAUUUGGCGUUUGACGAGGAAGCCGGCAUUGUGCACAUUGUGUGCGACAACCUGAAGAUUGACGUGGACAUGGCCCGGGUGGAGGCACACCUGUCCUGGGAAACGUACGACGAAGCAAGUCGCACGCGCACACCUGCAGCUGUGCCUGCGGCUGACAGCGGCAAGAAGAGCGACAACAAUGGUGAUAAUGGAGAUGGCGACGGUGACGCUGAUUUGCUGCAGUUCUUCAAUCGCGCAUAA